UGACGAAGAAUAAUUCAACGUUAUGGACUGUUAUAAUUCGAAUACCAAACUUACAAUUAACUAGUCUCAAUCGAAUCCCACUUCAUGCUAUACAAUCCUUGAAGCCAAAUUCGUAUCCAUUUAAAAAAAAAAUUCAUGUGAAUAGGUUGAGACGAUGGCAGUGGCUUCUUCAAGUCUUGCUAUCUUCUUUUCUUCCAUUCUUGUUCAUCACCUUCUUACCCUUUCAACCGCUCAGCAAGAGCUGCGCUAUGUCAACUGUGAUAACGGACGCGGUAACUUUUCCGCCGACAGUCCUUACCCGGAUAAUCUCAACCAUGUUCUAUCUUCCUUCUCAUCCAACCAAGGAAAGGACUAUGGAUUCUACAAUGCAUCCUUUGGCGAAAACCCUGACCAAGUUUUUGCGCGUGCGCUUUGUCGAGGAGACGUUGAGCCAGAUAUUUGCCGUUCUUGCAUAUCGGACGUCAAUAAGAAGCUGCAAUCAAGCGUUUGUCCCAACCAGAAGGAGGCAAUUUUGGGGUAUGAUGAGUGUAUGGUGUUUUACUCAAAUCGCUCUAUCUUUGGCAUUUUAGAAACUUUGCCUGGUAUGCAUUUGUGGAGUCUAGUCAAUGCCUCAGAUCCUGAAGGCUUCAGUGAGACAUUGAGGCCGUUGUUGGAAACAUUGCGGAGAGAAGCUGCAGCAGGAGAUGCUCUCCGAAAGUUUGCAGUAAACGAUAGAAUCACUCCCAAUUACCAAAGAGUGUAUGCACUUACGGAGUGCACUCCUGAUUUAUCCGAGCAACAAUGCUUGGAUUGUCUGGACCAAAUUAUCCAACAGCAGCCAGAUUGUUGCACUGGAAGGAGCGGAGGCAGGGUCAUAGGCCCAAGUUGUAAUUUCAGGUUUGAGAAAGAUCGUUUUUACAACAUAACGCGAACGCCACCACCAGUAUCUUCUGCCUUGCCUGAAGGAAAUAAGAAGAAUAAUACAUCUCGAACUGUCAUCAUCAUCGUUAUUCCAAUUGCUAGUGUCAUGGUACUAGUCAUCUGUGUCGGUAUCUUCCUGAAAGUAAGGAAGAGGAGGGGAAAUUAUGUUCAAUACAAUCAUGACGAGGAAGUUAUCACCGUAGAGUCUUUGCAAUAUGAUUUCAGCACCAUUAGAGAUGCAACAAAUAACUUUUCUGAUGAAAAUAAGCUUGGACAAGGUGGCUUUGGGGCUGUUUACAAGGGUAGGCUUGCCACCGAGCAAGAUAUAGCUGUAAAAAGGUUAUCCAGGGAUUCAGCACAAGGAGACCUAGAAUUCAAGAAUGAAGUCCUCUUGGUGGCCAAGCUUCAACACCGGAAUUUAGUUAGACUUCUAGGUUUCAGCCUGGAAAGAAAUGAAAGACUUCUUAUCUAUGAGUUUGUGCCUAAUUCAAGCCUUGAUCGCUUCAUAUUUGAUCCAAAUAGGAGGGAACAAUUGGAUUGGGAACAACGCAACAAAAUCAUAGGAGGCAUUGCUCGUGGACUCCUUUACCUUCAUGAAGAUUCUCGGCUUCGAAUAAUUCAUCGUGAUCUUAAAGCAAGUAAUAUUUUGUUAGACAUAGAUAUGAACCCUAAAAUCGCUGAUUUUGGCAUGGCAAGACUAUUUGCAAUGGACGAAACACAAGGCAAUACAAGCAGAAUUGUGGGAACCUAUGGUUAUAUGGCUCCGGAAUAUAUAAUGCAUGGACAAUUUUCGGUAAAAUCUGAUAUCUUUAGCUUUGGUGUAUUGAUUUUGGAGAUUGUAAGUGGUCAAAGAAAUAGUUCUUUCCGCAACGGAGAUAACUUGGAAGAUCUUUUAAGCUAUGCAUGGAAAAAUUGGAGGGAAGGGACAACACUGAAUCUCAUAGAUCCUUGUUUGAAAGUAUCUUCAACAGCUGCAAUAACACGAUGCAUCCACAUUGCCUUACUAUGCGUGCAAGAAAAUGCAGCUGACAGACCAACAAUGGAUUCCGUUGGUAUCAUGCUUAAUAGCUACUCGCUCACUCUUCCGGUGCCGUCUCAGCCAGCAUUUUUCAUUCAGAGCACCAUUGAAUCAUCAGACCUCUCUUCUUCCUCAUCGGCAUAUGCUUCAAGGCUCAUGGAUCGUUCCAUAAAUGAUGAAAUUCUCACCUUCUCCAAAAACGAGACGUCAAUUACAGAGUUAAAUCCUCGCUAG